AUGAUACGGUCCAGAAUACUCUAUAACUAUUCACAUUACAUCUCCUAUUAUUCGAAGAUCUUGUCAAUUUGUGUCAUCUGCUUUCUGACGUAUUACGGGUUUUUGCGCUCGGAGACAGACUUUUCGAAGCAUCCACAUUUUAUUUAUUUGCAGAAACUUCAAGAAAACCAGCAAAACUCUGAGUGUGUGAUUCCAGAAGUAAAUCCAUGGGAUCCAUCUAUUCUCUCAUAUUUUUCAAAACCGUCCCCUCUUGUUUGCUCACCAGUACAAGAGAAAGUUGUCAAAAGUUUCAAAAAUGGAGUUAUUACGUUCGACGCUGACAUCAUUAAAAACGCGAAAUGCUAUAAAGUAGUAGUUAGUCACGAUGAAAACGUCACUGACUUGGAUGUCAAAUAUGGCCCCGAGAUUCCUAUAGACCUUUCCAAACCCUUCUCCAUCGAAAUCCCCGAAGAGUUCUUCCAAAUCUCAUGUGAAUCUGAAAACAUGUUACACACAGAAAUAUUCAAGUACAAUUACGCCCAAGUAAUCCCCAAGAAAACCAAUCUGAAAAACAAAACGAUCGAAAACUCGAGUCUCGAUUUUCCGUCUGUUAUUAUGAUUGGAUUGGAUUCAAUGUCGAGAAGUAAUUUCAUUCGUCAGAUGCCAAAAACGUACAAAUAUAUGCAGGAUUCCGGGUUUAUUGAUAUGAAAGGACAUAUGAAGAUUCAUGAUAACACUUAUGGAAAUAUUCUGGCAAUUCUUACUGGAAAGAGGGGUGUCAGUGUUCAGGAAUUCCCCGCUGAAAUGAAUGAAAGUUGGCACAUUGCCUUCGAUGAUUUCGAUUUCGUCUGGAAAACAUUUAGCGAGAAUGGUUAUGCCACUCUAUUUGCUGAAGAUCGUCCUGAUAUCGGCACGUUUACUUACAAGAAUCUUCUCAAUGGCUUCCUCCAAAAACCCACCGAUCACUACCUUCGCCCAUUCUGGAUCUCCGCAUUCUGGUCACUCAUUUCCAGGCGUUCUGCUCCUUCGUGCUACGAUAACCAACCGCAACAUAAAAUACAAUUGGAGUAUCUUGAAAAGUUCCUGGAGAAAUACGACAAGAAACGGAAAUUUGCAUUCUGGUGGUCACAAGACAUGAGCCAUGGAUUUUUGAAUUUAAUCGGGAGGACUGACGAUGACUUCGAGGGAUUUUUUAAGAAAAACGAGAAACGACUGGAUGAUUCGAUUGUCAUCGUUUUUUCGGAUCACGGACAUCGAUACGAUAAGAUCAGAGAAACUGUAAUCGGGAGGAUUGAAUCAAGAAUGCCGUUUCAUUCGAUCAAAAUACCAGAUGGAGUGAGGAAAAAGUAUCCACAUAUUGUAGAAAACCUUCUUGCCAACUCCAAACUAAUGACAACUCAAUUCGAUGUCAACGACUCUCUUCGGAAGGUUGCAAUUGGUAAAAUUGGUGAACAAUUAUCUCAAACGAAUCAGAAACGCAGUUAUUCAUACUUCGAUCCCUUCCCAAAACGAACAGGUUGCUUCGAAGCAGGCAUCCCAUCAGAUUUCUGCCCCUGCUUUUCGGAGAUAGAAAUCCCGAAAACUGAAGCUAAAGAAGCGGCGGACGAGUUGAUGCAAAUCGUGAAUGACCUACUAGAGAAUACGGAACAAACAGAAGAAUACGAAAUGGAUUCGAAAGAACUGAAAGAGUACAUGUGCACUCCGAUGGAAAUCGAUAAUAUCGAGUAUUCGUCGGUGAGGUUGCCAAUGUUGAGUGUUGUCAAGGAUGUAAAGUCGGAGGACGCUCCGUUGCAAUCGUUCUCGUUACAGUACCAUAUUGUCGUCCGUGCAAAGCCCCCAAGCUACGCACUACUCGAAUCUACACUGGAACACAAUUUGAAAACGGAUACGUGGUCUUCAUUGGGUGAAAUUGAAAGGAAUAAUAAAUUUGAGGAAAAAUCGAUGGAACUUUUCGAGAAUUUUCCACUGAUAAUCGGAAAAUGUGAAGACUCGAUCAGAAAUAUUAAAGUCACUGAAUACGCAACUGCGAACAAUGUUUACUGGGCCAUCCCACCAAUCCGUCAAUCUGAGAAUUCUUCGAAUGCCUUAGUCAUGUUAGGAAUUCGAGAUGGCAAUUCUGAAGCAAUUUCUAAUAUCAAAAUAACAUUUCCCAGCCUGAAAUCUUAUGGAACGAGUGCAUACGGCUCUGAAAAUAAAGAGUUCGACACAUUCUUCAACUAUGCUAUUGGAGUGAAUGACACUGGUCUGCAGACUAUAUAUGACUUCAGUGGGAAUAUUGUAGAGCUGAAGGAACUCAGUGGUUUCACAUUUUUCAAAGAUGUAAUUGGAGAGAGGGUAAGUUUUAUCAUGCUCUAA